GGGCCGCGCGCGGCUAUUGGACGGGACGGCGGGAGCCCGGGACGGGGGAAAGGGACCGGGCGGCGAUGGCGAUGCUGCUGCUGCUCCUGGGGGCUGCGGCCCCCCCGGGGGGCUGCUCCGACCCGCACUCGCUGCGCUAUUUCUACACGGGGGUGUCGGAGCCCGGCCCGGGGCUGCCCCCAUUCAUCACAGUCGGGUAUGUGGACGAUCAGCUCAUCGAUCACUACGACAGCGAGCGGGGGAGCACGGUGCCACGCGCGGCGUGGAUGGCGCGGAACCUGGACGCGCAGUACUGGGACCAGAACACGCAGAUCUCCCAGGGCGCGCAGGCCGUGUUCCGGGUGGACCUGAACACCCUGCACCAGCGCUACAACCAGAGCGCGGGAUUUCACACUCUCCAAGUGAUGUACGGCUGUGAUCUCCGGGGUGACAGCUCCAAAGGGGGUUUUUACCAGUAUGCGUAUGAUGGGCAAGACUUUGUCAGCUUCGAUAAGGACCAGGAGACCUGGGUAGCGGCAGAUGACGCAGCUCAGAUCACCAAACGCAAAUGGGAUGCUGACAGGAGCAUCGCUCAGGGACUGAGAGCCUACCUGGAGAGGACCUGCAUUGAGUGGGUGGGGAAGUACCUGGAGUAUGGGAAGGAGACGCUGCAGAGGAGAGAACCACCACGGGUGCACGUGAGCGACCAGCCGAGCUGGGAUGGGCUCACCACCCUCUCCUGCCGGGUCCACGGCUUCUACCCGCGCAACGUGGCCGUCGUGUGGCUGAAGAAGGGGGUGCCCGUGCCGCAGGAGACGAUCCAGUGGGGGGUGCUUCCCAGCGGGGACGGGACUUACCAGACCCGGGCCACCAUCGAGAUCGACCCCAGAAGUGAGACUGAUUAUACCUGCUGUGUGGAGCACCCCAGCCUGGUGGAGGAUCUGAGAGUGCCCUGGGGUAAGGGGGGGACUGGCCUGGGAUGGGCAGAAGAAGUUUUUGGGAGGGUUAUGAAAUGGUUUUUUUCUUAAUUACUAUUAUUAUUAAUACUUUAUUAAUAUGACUUUAUUUUGUAUCAAAUGAACAAACAACUUCAUGAGUAAAGUUUUAUGAAUGAAACAGCGUUCAUUCAUAAAACCAGCUAUUGCAAUAACCGGCUAAAUGGCAAUAAAGCCGCUCGUUAAGUCCC